UCUUUACAGUUGUGCAUAUAAAUAUGAAAAAGGUUGUAUUCCUGUGUUAGUCUGUGAAUGUAUUAAGUGCCUCACCCCUGUUUAAGGCUGCUAGAUAGACCAUAAAGGGAACCUUUUAUGCAAUUAGACGUUUAAAAAGAGCAUACUUGUGGGAAGGACCUGAAUGAUUAGGUAGGUUGGUUGGUGGCCUGUACUCUUCGUUCCCUCUCUGUUUUGACUGUGUAAUCUGUUCAGGCUAAAUGGCAUGUGAAAGGUGGUGUCUUUGGUGGUCAUUUCAUGAAUGUCUUUCUUUAUAUUUUAACUGUUAAAAAUAAAGAAAACAAAUGUCUGUUGACGGUCGGUUAUGACUAUUAUGCAUUCAGAAAAUAGUGUCCUUUUCGCAGCCCUUUACAUGACUAUUGUGCAUUUUAACAGCCCUUUUCAUGCAUUCAUCAUGUAUUAUUCUUCUUCUCUGUCAGUCGGAUUUUUUUCAAAUCUAAUCACACCUGUUCCACACCAAGAACAUUGAGUAGCCCCAUUUAUAUGACCCCCGUAUCUUUGCAUGCAUAUCUACCUUACACCAAAGACCUUCAAAAGCUCCGUUUAUGUAGCCCCAACAUCUUUCCAUGUCUGCUGUCUACGAAGAUUUCGACACAAUCUUCUACAAAUGCCACUUCUAGGUAUGGCCACUCUCAGCAGUCUCUCAUGGCUUUAUGGGUUGAAGAGCUCCAUUUCUCUCAUCUUGACAUCCCUAUAACCAUAGACAGCAUUGCCACAGUUGGGCCUGCCGGCCCAAUCCCUGUUGCCCAUGGUGAGAGUCUUUACCUAUCCAAUCUGGAUGACAUAGUCGGAGCUCGUGUUUUCACCCCAACUGUAUAUUUUUACCGACCAGGUAGCUUGAGUGUUGAACAAAAACAGAUCACCAGAGUACUGCGUGAAGCUCUUGCUACGGUUUUGGUUCCGUACUACCCAUUUUUAGGGAGGCUAAGAGAGGCCGAGAAUGGGAAGCUAGAGGUGUUUUUCGGGCCUGACCAGGGCGUACUCAUGGUCGAGGCCCGCUCAACAAUGGCCUUAGCCAACCUAGGAGACAUUACAGUGCCUAACCCUGCAUGGGCACCACUGAUAUUCCGGUACCCUGAUGAAGAGCCCUACAAAGUCCUUGACAUACCAUUGCUAAUAGCUCAGGUCACUCGUUUUAGCUGCGGAGGUUUUAGCCUAGGCUUGAGAAUUUGCCAUUGCCUCUGUGAUGGGCUCGGGGCCAUGCAGUUCCUUACUGCAUGGGCUGCCACAGCAAAAGCUGGUGCAUUGAUAAUAAACCCUAGGCCAUGUUGGGACAGAGAAGCUUUCCGGCCACGUAGACCGCCUAUGGUUAAAUACCCACACAUGGAGUUCAUGAGAAUUGACGAUGGUUCGAGCCUAACAAGGACUCUCUGGCAGGUCAAGCCUGUUCAGAAAUGUUACCGGAUUAGCCGAGAGUUUCAAGUCCAUCUGAAGACCCUGGCCCAACCAUGUGAUGAUUUUGCAUGCACUACUUUUGAUGCCAUGGCAGCUCAUGUUUGGAGAUCAUGGGUUAAAGCACUUGAUGUAACACCACCGGACUACAAGCUCCGGCUCACAUUCUCCGUCAAUGCUCGACAAAAGGUCAAAAACCCGCCACUGAAAGACGGGUUUUAUGGCAAUGCCCUGUGCGUGGCAUGUGCCACGAGAACAGUGUCUGAGCUUGUCAAUGGUCAUCUUUCAGACACAACACAACUGGUUCGUCAGGCCCGGUUAGGCAUCUCGGAGGAGUACGUGAGGUCUACAAUUGAUUAUGUUGAGGUGGAGAGGCCCAGGAGGCUGGAAUUUGGUGGCAAAUUGACGAUAACCCAAUGGACCAGAUUUUCUAUAUAUGAAUGUGCGGAUUUUGGAUGGGGAAGGCCCAUUUAUGCCGGUCCAAUAGACCUCACUCCAACACCACAAGUUUGUGUAUUCCUCCCUGAUUCUGGUGGCACAACGGUGGUUUGCAUUUGCUUGCCUGAAUCUGCUACCCAUAAAUUUAGAGAGUUUUUGUGUCUCAUGGAUUCAAAUGAUCAUUAAAGUUGUAAUUAACAAUCAUAUGACAUGUUAAUAAUGUGUUCAUGUUGGAAGACAUUACCAUAUCAAACAAUGCAGCAU